AUGGAAAACGAUAUUUUAGACUCCCUUAACGAUUUGGGGUACGAAAGCCCUUUAUUGGAAGAGGUUGAAUUCUCUAAAGCACUCGAUGGUGGUCCUAAAUCACUCGAGUAUACUAAACUAGUACAUAUCUUAGCUGAAGAGAUUAAGCAAUUAUGUAAUCUAGAAGAAACAGUCAAUAUGAUGAACCAUCCGGAUGAAUCUAGCUCAUUCUUGCUAGAAUUGAGUUCGUUUCUCAAAGAACUCGGUUGUCCAUACAAGAAACUGGUGACAGGUCACAUGUCUUCCCGACUUCAAACAAAAGAAGAUAAAAUCCUUUUAUUAGAUUACUUAGUCUCAGAGCUGAUGGCCGCUAGAAUGGUCAAUGUUGAUUGUACGAAGGAUAAGCAGAAUUCCGGAAUGGAAAUUGUUAUGCAAGAAUCACCAACAGCCAAGGAUCUAAAAGAUAUAUUAAUAACUUUGAAAUUUAACAAACCCCCUCCGAACAUAUCACCAGAGGUAUUGUUCACAAAGUUAGAAGCUAAACUAAAGGACACCAUACAGAAAGAAGGUGAUCAGCUAGUAGGUAAACCGUUAUACAAUAAAGCAGUGACGGAAAAAGAUUGGAAAGAACUGGAAACGUUAUUUUCCGAUAUGUUUGAAGAGUACAGACUACGCAGAGAAACUUUGAUAACUAGAUUGGAGUGUACUAUACAAAGUUUUGAGUGGUCAGACCGUCUUAAAGCAAAAAAAGAUCAAAUUCAAUCAACGUACAGACCAAAACGCGAACAUUUGAAAGUAAAGCCAAAUGUUAAGUUUUCGGAUUUUCUAGCAGCGAGAACGACUUUAUUACAAGUUGAAAAAACUUCAAGCGCGAGUGUCAGAAAAAAUACGCAAAGUGAAGUUAAUAAAGUUCUUAUUGGAAAGGUUCCAGAUAGAGGUGGUCGUCCCAAUGAACAACAAGUACCACCCCCUGAAAUGCCUUCCUGGCAACAAAGAAGUCGUGGGGGUGGCAGAGGGGGCGGUGAGGCACAACGUGGGGGAGGCAGGGGGGGUGGUGAGGCACACCGUGGGGGUGGCAGAGGGGGUGGCGAGGCACGAGGGGGUCAACGUGGAGGCGGCCGGGGGGGUCGAGUUCAGGGGGGAUACAACCAGGGUGACCACAGACCACAAUCAAGUCAAGGGAUGAAUCAAAACCGAAACUAUCAAACAUACGAAGUGCCCCCGGGUGGUUAUAACCAGGGUUACCAAAGUAACCAGGAUUAUAAACAGGGUUACCAAAGUAACCAGGACUAUAACCAGGGCUACCAAAAUUACAAUCAAGGUUACAAGACUAACAAGCAAGGCUACGAGACCAGUGGGGGUUAUAACCAAGGUUAUUCUAAUCAAGGAGGGGGUUAUAACAAAGGUUAUCAUAAUAACCAACCACGAUAUCAAAACGAACACGAUGACCGAGACAACCGUAGAGGUGGAUACAGGGGGCGUUACUAACUUUAACGUAAUAUAUACGCCAUAAUUCUCCUUAAACCCCCACAAUUAAUUGAGAGUCUACCUCAAAUAUGUUAAGCCUGCCAGACAGACAAAAUUUUGUUUAAUUUUUUUUUAAAAUGAUAUCACUAAUAUUUUUAGUAGUAUCGACUCAGUUUGAUACUUGAAAAACAAAUGUUAAUUCCGAUCACUAUAUAGUAUACUAUGUGAUACUUUUUACUUAUAUACUUUCACCUAUAGGUGUAGCAGCGGAUAUUGAGCGCUCGAUGAUAGAUUGAAAAUACAUUUCCAGUACAAAAAAAAAAAAAAUAUUUAAUGCCUACUACAGAGCACUCAAUGUCCGUGCCUAUAACCAUAACAAGCAUUAAAUGUAACGUCGAUCAGGCUUAACAUUUGAAUUGAGACUGUAGUUACAAAUGGGAUAUAAUAAGUCUAGCCACAAGAUUUCUUUAUUUGCCACGUGAUCUAACUUCUAAUUUUAUAACUAAACAAAGGAAAAACGAGAUAACCUCUAAUAAACUAAUUCGUCUUUUUUACAAAGCCAACUAAAUAUUCUAUAGAAAGCGGUAACAACAAUUUUUUCACUUGUCCUUAUUUUUACAUAGCACCUAAAUUACUAACUCGACCACGCAUUUUAUAUCUUAUUACCAUUUUACGUUUUACAGCUUCAACACUGUCUUCAAAAAAUAUAAUUCAAGCUUCCAUAGACAAUGACAUUUAUUAUAACUCAGCAUAUAAAUAAUAUAUCAUAAUAUUAUUUUAUUUGACGCGAGACGACAGCGACCCGUCAAUUGCACCAACCAGAGAGCGCCAUUUGAUUCAUGUACCGACGACAAGUUAGUCACGUGUAUUUGUUUAUCGUCGUUCGUGCGUUCUUAUUGCAAUUGUUUUAUCUGAUUAAAUAGUUUUCCACCAUACUUCCCCAUAACACUCGCAAUUUGACAAGGCAAUGCAUAUUGCAAUUUUGUAAAAAAAAAAAGAAAUCCCAUAGACCUAAGCUCAAAAUUAGACAGUUUAUUGACUUAAUUUCGUUCCGUGACAUCUCCGGUGCUACG